UUAUCUGUCUGACAGAUGGUGUCGCUGUAUUACGCUUUGCCCAAGGAAAAAGAAAGUGACUGUCAGAAGUUUCACUUGUCAGUGCAGUUCCUCCCAGAGAAAAUGGAUGAGGACAUAUACAAGCUCAGCAUAGAAGUUUUGUAUAAAGACAAGGACAGUGAUGCAUCCAUGUCAAUCCUGGAUAUUGGCUUGCUAACUGGCUUCACCGUUAACACAAAUGACCUGGACUUAUUGUCUAAAGGACGAGCCCGCAUUAUUGCAAAAUAUGAGAUGAACACAGUCCUGUCAGAAAGAGGCUCACUCAUCCUCUACCUGGACAAGGUUUCUCACACACGACCAGAGGAGAUAACUUUUAGGAUCCAUCAGAAGCUGAAAGUGGGAGUCUUACAACCAGCUGCUGUGUCUGUCUAUGAAUACUAUGACCAAACAAAUUGUGUGAAAUUCUACCAUCCAGAGAGGAAAGCAGGAAAGUUGCGGCGGCUCUGUACAAAUAAUGAAUGCACAUGUGCAGAAGAGAACUGCAGUAUGCAAAACAAGGACAAAAUCACCAAUGAUCAGCGAACAGCUAAGGUCUGUGAGACUACACAGACCAGCAGAAUAGAUUUUGUGUACAAAGUGAGACUGGACAAUUUUACAGAAGACUUGUCCACUGACAUUUUCACAGUGAAGGUACUCAAAGUCAUCAAAGAAGGAACUCUCGAUGUGGGUCCUCUAAAUAAACAGCGCACAUUCCUCAGUUAUCCCCACUGCAGGGAGUCUUUAGAUCUGGAGAUAGGUAAAACCUACCUUAUCAUGGGCACGUCCAACGAUAUUCACAAAGAUGACCAACAUCAAUCGCUUCAGUAUGGAUUUGGAGAGAGAACAUGGAUUGAGUACUGGCCCACAGAAGCAGAGUGUCAAACUGAGGAUCACAGAAUUACCUGUUUGGGCAUGGAGGAGAUGGUUAAUCAGUACCAACUCUUUGGGUGUCAGCAGAAGUGAAAUUCAAGAAAAGAAUUAUUUAUUUUAAAUUGUUUUUAUUUUGCAUAAUUCUUAUUAUGUCAAAAUGUCCCUGCUAUGGGAUAUGAGGGCUUACAAUGUUGCACUGUAUUACAAUGUAAUGGUAUU